GUCUUGGCAUCGCAUCGCCGCUAGCAGACGACGCGACGUGCGCUCGUCGUAGCGCUCUCCGGCAGCUGCCUCGGUGUGUGUGUGUGUAUGGGGGCGCCUGGAGUGGCCGUCCACGCCAUUGGGAGCAGGAUCCCUCGUGCCCUGCUGUGAUUGUGUGUGCCGGCUAUCGAGACAAGCCUGGCGUUCCUGCUGAUCAAGUGGAAUGGCAUCCUCGUUUCGGCGUUUCCGCACGCGAGUGUCUUCGGUGUUUCGAGGCUAGCUUUGCCUGUGCCACCACGACCGAACGGAUUUCGCAUCUUGUCUCUCCGGAUUUCUGUUGGAUGACGCGCCCGGGGCUCGACCAUGGGUCUCAGUGACGGGGGCAGGGAGCCUUCCUUGAGCCUGGAUGGGUCCUGCAUCCUCGAGGAGCGGCCCAUGAGCGAGCCGGAAUCCCAGGCCUGCUCUCCGCAAGGAGGAGACACCCAGCACACUGCACAGGCCGGGGACUGCGACGGCAGCACAGCUACCUCGGAACCCUCCGCAUCGACUGUCGGCGCCACCCCUCCCUUUGUGACCACCGCCGGUGCCGCACCUCCGGCCAACAGCUGCGUGCCUGCUGCAACCACUCCCGUCAGCAAGGCGGACAUGGAGCUUCUGGCACGACUCGAGGAGCAGAACAGGCUGCUGGAAUCGGACUCCAAGUCCCUGAACUCCCUGACGUCUACGCAUUCGCGCAAGUCCUCCGACACGAGCCAAGUGUCGGUGGCGUCCGGGGCGAGCCAGCAGAGCUCUGCCGCCAUGGACGACGAGGCUGAGGACACCUGGGUCCUCUGGGGCCGCAUGGUCAACGAGUGGGACACCUACACCAAGAAGAAGAACGCCUUCGUCAAGGAGCAGGUGCGCAAGGGGGUGCCCCCGCACUUCCGGGCCAUCGUCUGGCAGCUGCUGUGCAACGCUCCCUCGUGUCCCGGCCGGGAGCAGUACGGGGAGUACCUGAAGGGGGCGUCGCCCUGCGAGAAGGUGAUCCGGCGGGACAUUGCGCGCACCUACCCGGAGCACGAGUUCUUCCGGGAGAAGGACGGGCCGGGCCAGGAGGGCCUCUUCAACGUCAUGAAGGCCUACUCUCUGCACGACCGCGAGGUGGGCUACUGUCAGGGGAGCGCCUUCAUCGUCGGCCUGCUGCUGCUCCAGAUGCCGGAGGAGGAGACGUUUGCCGUGCUGGUGCGCAUGAUGCAGGACUACCGCCUGCGCGAGAUCUACAAGCCCAGCAUGGCCGAGCUGGGACUCUGCAUGUACCAGCUUGAGUGCCUCGUCCAGGAGCUGGUGCCGGAGAUCCACAUGCACUUCCAGGCGCAGAGCUUCCACACAUCCAUGUAUGCCUCAUCGUGGUUCCUCACUCUGUUCACCUCUUGUUUGCCGCACACCCUAGCGUGCCGAGUCAUGGACCUCUUCCUCUCCGAGGGAAUGGAAAUGAUAUUUCGGAUAGCCAUUGCCAUUCUUCAGUUUUGCAAGGAAGACAUUCUUCAGCUGGACAUGGAAGGCAUGCUAAGGUACUUCCAGAAGGAAAUGCCAUCCAAGUGUGAAACAGAUCCUGACUAUCUUAUAAACCUGGCUCUGCAAGUGAAGUACAACAGCAAGAAAAUUAAAAAGUUGGAAAAAGAGUACACUGCUUUGAAGGUCAAGGAGCACGAAGACAUGGUGGAGCUUCGGAGGCUUCGUACAGAGAACAGGCUUUUAAGACAGAGGAUAGAACACCUCGAGCAGGAGAGCUCGUCCCUGGCGGACCGGCUCAUCCAGGGCCAGGUGGUGCGAGCCCAGGAGGCCGAGGACAACUACGUCAUCAAGCGGGAGCUGGCAGCACUCCGGCAGCAGGAGCUCAGCGUGCAGCAGGAGCUCGAAAGGGCACGCCUGCACAUCACGGAGCUGCACCAGGCGCAGACGCAGCCCCCGUCGCUGGACAGCCAGACGGAGGACCUGCUCAAGUCGCUGCAGGACGAGCUGGUGGCGGUCAAGCUGCGGGAGGCAGAGGGCCACGAGACCACCAGGGGGCUCCGACAGCGCAUCCAGGAGCUGGAGGAGGAGAACAAGAGGCACCGGGAGGUGACGCCCAACAACAGCGUGGCCACCCUGCAGGAAGAGCUGAUAGCGGUGAAGCUCCGGGAGGCCGAGGCCAACCUGUCCAUGAAGGAGCUCAGGCAGAAGGUGGCCGACCUCAUGGCCGCCUGGGAGAAGCACUUGGCGGACAAGGAAAACCCCCCGGAGAACCAGUCGACCCCUUCGCGCUGGAGUGGGAACAAGGCACAACUGAGCAGCCUCCAGGAGGAGCUGAUGACAGCCCGGCUCAGGGAGGCCGACGCCACUGCCGAGCUCAAGGAGCUGCGCCAGAGGGUCAUGGAGCUCGAGACGCAGAACCAGGUGAGCCUGAACCAGAUCCGGAGGCAGGCGGAGGAGAUCAAGAAGUAUGACGAGAUGUCGGACUCUGUCUCCGGAAAGGAGCGGGAGCUGCACGCUCUGAUGCAGGAAGAGGCACGCAAGCUCUCCAACCUCGAGUCGCAGAUGAAGGAAGAAAGGAUGAACGCUCGUAUUCGGGAGGUGGAGCACAGCCAGGUCAUUGCCGAGUUGAAGCAGAAGAUCUCCUCCCUGGAAGUCAAGAACCAAGAGCUGUUGACCGCGGGGCAGCUGAGGGGCAGCACGGAGUCUGAGGAGGUCAAGGAGCUCCAGGACAAGCUGUCUGACCUGAAGGCAGAGGUGAUGCGUCUGCAGAUCAUGAACAAGCGGCUCGGCUCGGCUCUGGCCGUGGCCCGGCUGCGCAGCCAGGACAGCCACAGCUCCGGCAGCUCCCCGUCGGGGCCCCCCAGCGGUUCGCCGCCGGCCACACUGGCGCUUGGGCGCACCACCAGCCUGGCGGACGACCGCAUUGCCGAGCAGCUCAUGCAGCUCGGGCUGGAGCUGUCCGUCAGCCAGCACCCGACCUCCAAGGCCAGGCUGGCCAACGGGGACCUCUGAGCCGCGUCUGCGUCCUAGGCCUUCUUUACUUGCCGCGUCGCCUGCAGUGCUAUUCGCGACGUGGUGUCCUUCGUUGCGCGCAACGUCGUAGAACUUUGCAGGACAGACAGAAGUGACUCGAAGUUCCCGGGCACGUGCUCUCCCGAAACGAGCUACGGGAACUCUACAACAGCUGCGACUGCGCAGGGUUUCUAUGGGACUUCCGGGUCCCCCAGAUCGAAUUGUGUCGUGCGACUUUGGUUUGGCGGCAGUGGACGAGGCGACUCUGCGAGGUGGAUAAAGCUGGUUAGGUUCAACGACACUUUUGCACCGUUUUAGAGGUGGCCCUGCGUCGCGAGUGUCCAAAGUUACUGAAAACACUAACAAACACAUUUAGAGUGUAGCGCUACUUUCGGUGUGCUAGCAGCAUUUUAGGGGCUCGUUUCUUUCUCUGCCUCCUUUCUCUCGCAGAGUUGGGCGUCUUUGUAUUUGCCAGCUUGGAUGUUUCCCGGGCACGGGAAGCACUCUAGCUUAGGGCCUGCACAAUCUCUCUGCGACGACAUCGUCCGGGGCUUGGCCGAGCGUGCCGCUGUUUGCCGUCGGUGGCUUUUUGAAACGCCGUCCGAUUGACCUCGGUGGCAGUACUUUGUUUCCUCCCGGGUUUCGUCCCCCGGGGAAGGCCCCAAAUUGCGGAUUGCGACUGCGUGGCAGACGGCACGCUUCAACACUAUGAGAAAAGCGACCAAUGCACGUGCAACCUCGUGCCUAGUUGCACUCAUUUUUCAUGUCCGAUUGAGAUUGUAAGAGGGACCCGCGUAAUACCAGGCAUAAUAAUGUUGUGCGCUCAUUUCGGGCUUUCAGCCGAGGCAACACGGUUCUGGAAAAAAGCAGACUUACCGACUCAUAUUUUUUUUUAUGCAAUCUUGUUUUUAUAUUGUUGUUUUUCUUCACAAUUUUGGUACGUGUGAUUUGCUUUAUCAGCUUUCGAGUUCUGUACAAAAUGUAAAGUAUCUGUAAAAAAAACUAUUCCCUCGUGAUCGUCUCCUUUGUUGAGGAACAAUUUUACGGGGAAACUUAAAACUGGCAUUCAAUUUUCGCUUUUUUUUCGCAUGGUGCGUAGGUUCUCCAAGCACAUCGCUGGUGCAUAUUUACUACGUGCAAUGGCAACUUGCUCUCGCAGACCACUUAAAACAUGUUUUCGUCUAACAAGAAAAUGCUAUGUAUAUUUUUGUUUGUAACUUUAUUAUUAACCCGAGUAAUAUUUUUUGGUAUCUUAGGGUUUACAUAAGAACAAGGCAGAAGAGCUGGUAAUAAUCAAAUGCACCCGAGACUUGGGCCAAAAGCGACUGGGGACAGGAACGCUGCAGACAGAUUGUUUCCACACCGUCUUGGUCCCCUUUGGCCCAUGUCGCCGAUUUCUAGGUGUAUUUGAUUUUAUACACUUUUUAAUGUAAAAACACGAAAUUUCUUUUUGUACAUACCACGCAAAGCUUUAUUUAUUACUGGACGUUUCUUUAUAAGUUGUUGGAAGGUCCGGUCACUUGCCUCGUUUUUGUUGCAAGGGACAGGGCCUCGAAUUUCACGCUGAAAGGAGUGUCCACGCGUGUCGCCCUUGUUACAGUCUCGUUUCCCCAGGAAUCCCAACAACAGUAUUGCGAGCGAGGUGUUAUAGAUUGGUUGUAGGUAGCGCUCCUGUACAUAUGUCUGUGGAAUCCCGUUUGUCCCCCGGACAACCCCUUUCCUGCAGUGUUCCCCUUUUGGUACACCCUGUCCGUGUAUGCCCUAGCUGAACAAUUUCCCCCAACACAAAUAAAGCGACACGGUUGUUUUACUCCUUU